UUAGAGCGCACUACAGUUCCCAGCGUGCGCUGGGGCUGGCCUCUUUCUAGUGCAGGGUUCCGGGAUCAGCAGCACGUGCGUUGCAAGGCGGUCCGGCUGUGCAGCAUGUUCCUGCAGUAUUAUCUCAACGCGCAGGGUGACAGGGUCUACACCCUCAAGAAAGUGGAUCCCUCUGGCCAGCUGACCUGCUCCGCACACCCUGCCCGCUUCUCCCCGGAUGACAAGUACUCCCGCCACCGCAUCACCAUCAAGAAACGCUUCGGCGUCCUGAUGACCCAGCAGCCGCAGGCCAUCCUGUGAGCCGAGCGCCCAGCCUACUGGAUCUGCGGCUGAACUGAGAUGGGGUCUAGCUGCCCCCUGAAUCCAGCCCCUGGCUCCCACAGACCCCGUGCUCUGCGAAAACCCGGGUUAGAUUGCUCAUAUCGAGCUCCAACUGGAUAUGCUGUUCCUCUGGGGUGCAAAUAAAUUGUCUUGAUCCCA